GUAUUUGCCGGUGUAAGAAGUUUGAGAAGCACUUGCGCGAUUGUGAUCUGCGGCGGGCGCGUUAAAGGGUUAAACAUUUGGAGGUGGUUUUCCGGGAACAACUCGAAAGUCGUCCUCGGCCCUCACACGUCAUCCAGGACUCGAUCGGCUUUGUUCAAUCUCCACACGGAGGCAAACACACAGGAUGUCGGUGACCAUGACCAAGGCGGACGGGGUGAUGAUGCUGACGCUGACCUCCAACCCCAAAAGUCGCUUCCCCCCCCUCUGCCAAAUCUUUGGGGGCCUGUGCUACAGCCCCGCGUGCUGCUCGGUGUCCCGCCACCUGAGGGGCGUCACGGGGACUUCUCAGUCCGUUCUGGGGGCGCUGCACAUCAUGGUGGGCUUGCUCAACAUCGGCCUGGGCGCCAUCCUCAUGUGCAGCGGGCCGGCCUCCAGCUGGGAAAUGGAUUCAAGUGCCUUUCCUCACUGGUUGGGAGCACUGUUCAUCGUCUUCGGCAUCGUCUGCAUUUUGUCCGAGAAGUUCCCGAGUCCGUGUCUGGUGUUGGUCAAUGUGAUUCUGAACUUCUCGGGCAUCGCCUUCGCUAUCGCCGGCGUCGUCCUUUACGCCAAGAACGUGGCCUACGUAUACUUGUGGCGAGUGUGCCGAGAGUACGACGUUUACGACGGUUACGAGUCCGGCAGGCGCACCGCGACCACCCCGAGUCCCGCCGCGCAAAAUUAUUUGGAGCGCUGCAUGGAGGGGAAAGCCCUGACUCUCAUGUUGCUGAGAGGCGUCAACGGCGUCGCCAUCGUGCUGUGCGUACUGGAACUGUGCCUGGUCGUCAGCUCCUGCGUGCUCGCCAUCAAAUCUUUGUGCCGCGGCGACGGCGACGACGGCGACGGCGACGGCGGCUGCGACGACCGCUGGCAGCAGAGCCGCGCCAAAGCAGACGGAGGAUACGAGCCGCUCCCGGAGGAAGCCGUGGCGUGAACGCGCCGCAUUCUUCUUCUUCUUCAACUGCACCUUGGCUACAGUAUGCAUUCUUUUAUCAGGGAUUUCUAUCAAACGUAUAAAAGAAAAUCCUAUUGGCACUGAGUGUGUGUGUGUGCGUGUUGACUUUUCUAAGCGACGCGUGCACGUGCGUGCCUCAAGCGCAAUACACCGAAACCCAUCAACGAUGUCGCUUAUUCUUCUUUUUGAUACUCACAGUAUAUUCUGUCUUCUGCUCGUUAAGACGCGUUGACAAAUAAAGUUCCAGCAUCUCAACAA